AUGAAGAGUUCAGGGUUUCUUUGUGGGAUCGUUCUAUGCUUGGAGCUCCUUUACCUUGUCCCUGCCGAACCACAGCCUGAGCCUCUGCAGUGUAGCCUGAUAGCGGGUGCCUCCGCCCUGCCUGUACUGCAAAGGACCGGGGAUGUGAAGCUGGGGGGCCUCUUCUCCCUCCAUGACAUGGUUCUUGAGGCUGAUCUCUCCUUCACAUCCAAACCAGUGUCCACACACUGUUCCAGGUUUAACUUGCGGACAUACCGCUGGAUGCAGACAAUGCUAUUUGCCAUCGAUGAGAUCAACAGAAAUGAUCAUCUGCUCCCUAACAUCACUCUAGGAUAUAAAAUCUAUGACUCCUGCAGCGCUUCAUUCCAUGCCCUGAGGGCUUCCAUGGAACUAAUGGGGGGAGUGGAAGAAGGAUGGGAAAGGUCUUGUCGUGGCAUGGUUCCAGUGGUCAUCGGGGAUGGAAGCUCCACUCUCUCUGUGGCGGUGGCCCGGUUUCUGGGAGUCUUCCACGUUCCUCAGGUCAGCUAUUUCUCCAGCAGUUCAUCCCUCAGUAACAAGGCAGAGUUUCCUUCUUUUCUUAGGACCAUUCCUAGCGACAUGUUUCAGGUGAAUGCUUUGGUGCAGCUCAUCCAGCACUUUGGCUGGACUUGGGUGGGCGUGGUCGUCGGUGAUGAUACAUACCUCCUUGAGGGAGCCCAGAUAUUUUCAGAGGAGGUCCAGAAGGUCAGUGUCUGCAUGGCCCUGCAUGAAAUCAUUCCCAGAAACCACACGGCAGGCGCAAUGGCUUCCAUUGUGGCCCGUAUACGGUCCUCUGGGUCUCGAGUGGUUCUGGUGUUUGCCCUGGAGCAUGAUACUGUAGCCCUGUUUGACGAGGUUCUGCAGCAGGGCCUGAUCGGGGGCUCAUUAGGCUUUGCCAUCCGUCGCCUUGUGCACCUGCCUGGGCUACAGGAGUUCCUGCUCCACUUGAACCCCUUGAACCCAGACACCCCCAAGGACCCGUUCUUACCCAUCUUUUGGGAGGAGGUGUUUGGGUGUAGCCUGCAGGGUGCUCAGGGUGGAAGUGUUCCAGGGUUCAAACCUCUAUGCACUGGGUCUGAGAAGUUGGAAAAUGUGAGGAACAUUUUCUCUGAUGUUUCUCAGCUGAGAGUAACCUAUAAUGUGUAUAAGGCAGUUUAUGCCGUUGCUCACGCACUGCAGGCGAUUAAAAACUGUGAGAAAGGAAGAGGGACAUUCCCUCUGCAGAACUGCCCAGAUACUGACAGCCUACAGCCAUGGCAGCUCCUGCAGUACCUGAAGCAUGUGGAGUUCUUUAACUUGUAUGGUGAUGAGAUUAAGUUCGAUAAGAAUGGCGACCCAGCUGCUGUGUAUGACCUAUUAAACUGGCAACUCGGGGCCAACGGUCAGGUGGAGUUUGUCACCGUGGGGACAUAUGACGAGAGCCUGGGCACAAAGAAACUCCACAUUCAGGAGGAAGACAUCAUCUGGAACAGAAACCAGACAACAAUCCCUGUUUCAGUGUGCAGUAACAGCUGUCCGCCAGGCACUCGCAAGGCACACAGGCCUCACUUCCCUGUCUGCUGCUUUGACUGUGUGGUCUGUACAGCAGGAGAGAUCAGCAAUCAGACAGAUGCUACAGAGUGUGUGCGUUGCCUCCCUGAGUUCUGGUCCAACGAGGGGCGGACAGCCUGCAACCACAAGGAGGUCGAUUUCCUGUCCUAUGGUGACAUCAUGGGUAUCACCCUGCUUACCGUGGCCCUCCUGGGGUCCCUUUGCACGGCCACGGUCAUCCUCAUAUUCGCCUGUCACUGUGCCACUCCUAUCGUCAGGGCCAACAACUCUGAGCUGAGCUUCCUGCUCCUCUUCUCCUUGGCUCUGUGUUUUCUAUGUUCUCUAACUUUCAUUGGCCGGCCCUCUGAGUGGUCCUGUAUGCUGCGUCACACAGCUUUUGGCAUCACCUUCGUCCUCUGCAUUUCUUGUGUUCUGGGGAAAACACUAGUGGUAUUGAUGGCCUUCAGGGCUACACUUCCAGGAACUAAUUCCAUUAAAUGGUUCAGACCUCCGCAGCAGAGAGCCAUCAUCACCCUCUGCACUCUGGCACAGGUAGUGAUCUGCUCUGUGUGGCUGGCUGUGGCCCCUCCUACUCCACGCCGGCUGACGACACAUGAAAGUGACCUCGCGAUCCUUGUAUGCGAUGAGGGGUCGGCCCUGUGCUUCUCCCUUGUGCUGGGCUACAUCGGCCUGCUGGCCUCCCUCUGUCUGCUUUUAGCCUUCCUGGCCAGGAAACUCCCAGACAACUUCAACGAGGCCAGGCUCAUCACCUGCAGCAUGCUGAUAUUCUGUGCCGUGUGGGUGGCCUUUGUCCCCGCCUACAUCAGCUCUCCUGGGAAGUAUUCCACGGCUACGGAGGUGUUUGCCAUCCUGGCCUCCAGUUACGGCCUGCUGGCCUGCCUCUUUCUUCCCAAGUGCUACAUCAUCCUGCUGAGGCCUGAGAAGAACACACGGACACACCUCAUGGCCAAGUCUGUACCUGACAACAGGUUCUAG